AUGGCCGGUGUCAUUGUAAAGCACUGGUCCACAGUGGCCAAGGCAGUCACACAGUGUUUAUCCAUGAUCAUCAUUUUCUUCCUUGGCGAUGUCAUCAUCUUGGGCCGUAGCCAAGGGAAUGUUUGCAUCUACAUGCUCGCCCUGACCGUCUCCCUAAGUGCCUUCAUGUAUCAGCUGGGCCGUCGGCAGACGAUCAAACAAAUGACGCAGGCAGCUGCAUGCCGAGCACCGGAUGUGGAGAACGCCCCGCCGGCCUCGGCGCUGGGCGGCCGCACCCGCUCGGACCCCACGGGCUCCCGGAGCUCCAACGACCUGGCGACGCUGGUGGCCACCGCACGGUCCACGGGCACCGAAGAGCGUGUUCCACCGGAGCUGCAGGUGUGCGCGCCCGCGGAGUUUUCCUCUUUGAGUCGGAGACAGCGCCUGGACUCGCUCCUGCCGCGGCUCCCGCCAGUGGAACGCCUCGAGCUGUUGAAUCGUCAAUUUCUAGAAGAGGAACGCUCCGCGGGGAACUUCCAGUUCGUCGCAUGGAUAUCCUCCAAGAAAGGUCUCCUCAUUCAGCUCGCAUGUGUUGUGGUCUUUGUCUUCUUCGACUCCGCGAGGACCAUCGCGAACGACCAAUACAUCAGUGGACGGCCCAUCGUCUCUCAGUCCAUCACCUUCGCGCAGUUCGGCGCCUCCAUCGUGGUUGGCGUGGUGCUGUCGGCAGCCGUGGAAGGGGUGGACGGGCUGAAAGCGGCCUUGUCCUGGAAGGAGAUCUUGCGGUGUUUCCCUGUGGCCACCUGCUUCUCCUUGAGUCAGACCUUUACGAUCAUGGCCUACAGCAUUGGAGCUCCUUGUUGA